CCGGUGUAAGGUAUAAAUACUGAUGCUGUGCGGUCAGGCAGCCUUUUGGAAAGUGAUUCGCAAUUGUUCCGUUUGUGGUCUGGUAAGGGAUUUUUGUUUGCGUCUAUCCUCAGCCGCGUACCUUGGUUUGGGAACUAGGUUUCCUCAUGAGGAUCAUACUGUAGAGGAAAGUUUUGCCUACUGCGGUGGUGUUCGUACGUGAGUUCGGUGCGGGCCGCGGAGACCAGGGCCUACUCGGCUGCAGCCCGACUCGCGGAGAUGCUAAAUGUGUUGCACCACCUCUUUCCCAGUGCUGCCUGUUAACGCUGUUUGUCUUCCUCUCAGUAGGUGCAAUCCCCAUCCCAUUCGGAGAAUUUUCAUUCUCUGGUAAAUGGAUCCAAUUUUCCCAUUUGUCUUUUUGUAAUGCGUGUAGUUGAACGACUCCACGUACCCAAUUUCACUGUAAUUUUGACAUUACCUCACGCAUGGUACUGUAAGAUUUCUAGAUUAUUUUGGGAUCUCUGAAAAUUAAAACUGCUGAUACAGGACAGAUGAUCCGUUUUGAAAACGAAUUUUGGUUUUGCUUUUUGAUACUGGGAAGAGGGAAAGCCUGUUACCUAGUUGUAUGGGAAACUAGACUACAACGUGGAUACACCCGGGAGGUCACUCUCCCCGGGCUCUGUCCAAGUGGCGUAGGGGAGCAUAGGGCUCCGCCCGGUGAUGUACAGUCCCUUUCCACAACGUUGGAGAUGAAGCUGGGCCUUGAGUCUGCGCCUGCAUAUUCCUACGACUUCCCAGAGUCCUGUGGACAAUGACUGGGGAGACAAACCAUGCAGGAAACAGCCUUUUAGACCACUCAGUAUUCAUCUUAAUUCAUCUCCAGUUUACUUCUUGAUAGACUAAUACCUUGUUUUGCAGAAUUUGCUAAUGAUUCCAUUAACUCCUGAGAAUAAGCUAAUGAUUACAAUAACUCCUGGGAAUUUGCUAAUGAUUCCAUUAACUCCUGAGGUAAGUAGAUCUGGUCUGAAUUUAUUUUGGCUUAUUAAUGUUAAUCAACAUCUGUAAUAGAACUAGGUGUGAGCCAAUCCCUGUUUUAGUCAAGAGCUACCUCUGAGACAAUUUAAUCAUUCUGCGUUCAAAACUCGUUUGAUAUAUGCAAACAUAGACAUUGAAUAUAUUUUACAGGGUCAUGUUUAGAAAUACUACAAUGAUGGGCAGCGCCUGUGGCUCAGUGGGUAGGGUGCUGGCCCCAUAUACCAAGGGUGGUGAGUUUGAACCCGGCCAAGCUGCAACAACAACAAAAAAAUAGCCAGGCGUCGUGGCGGGCAUCUGUAGUCCUAGCUACUUGGGAGGCUGAGACACAGGAAUCCCCUAAGCCCAGAAGUUGGAGGUUGCUGUGAUGCCACGGCAGUCUACCAAGGGCGACACAGUCAGACUGUGUCUCAAAAAAAAAAAUAAAUAAAAUACUACAUCGAUGACUGAAGUUUGUUACUAAUCAGAAGUGUUCCAACGUGGAUACCCUGGGAGGUCACUCUACCCAGGCUCUGUCCAAGUGGCAUAGGGGAGCAUAGGGCUCUGCCCCGUGAUGUACAGUCCCUUUCCACAACGUUGGAGAUGAAGCUGGGCCUUGAGUCUGCGCCUGCAUAUUCCUACGACUUCCCAGAGUCCUGUGGACAGUGACUGGGGAGACAAACCAUGCAGGAAACAGCCUUUUAGACCACUCAGUAUUCAUUUUAAUUCAUCUGCAGUUUACUUCUUGAUAGACUAACAUCUUGUUUUGCAGAAUUUGCUAAUGAUUCCAUUAACUCCUGAGCUUCAUGAAUGAUUAAGAUCUUGGAGGAAGACAGCAGAAAGAGAUUAAAGAUCCCAGGGUUAAAACUUGGAGAAACUUCACAGUAUAUCAUCCAAAAAAGGAUUGCAUGAUGGAAGCAGAGGUCAACUUGGACAGGACCAAAAGAUGCCACCUAAGCGCAUAGCUAAGAGAAGGUCACCCCCAGAAGAUGCCAUCCCCAAAAGCAAGAAGGUGAAGGGCGUGAGGGCUGCUACCUCCCGCCGAGUUCCCGGUUCCCGCUCCUGCCAAGUCUCACACAGGUCCCACAACACAGAACCAGGUUUGGUGCUGACACUGGGCCAGGGCGAUGUGGGCCAGCUGGGGCUAGGUGAGAAUGUGAUGGAGAGGAAGAAGCCAGCCCUGGUGCCCAUUCCAGAGGAUAUUGUUCAGGCCGAGGCUGGGGGGAUGCACACCGUGUGUCUAAGCAAAAGUGGCCAGGUCUAUUCCUUCGGUUGCAAUGAUGAAGGUGCUCUGGGAAGGGACACAUCAGUGGAGGGCUCAGAGAUGGUCCCUGGCAAAGUGGAACUUCAAGAGAAGGUGGUACAGGUGUCAGCAGGAGACAGUCACACAGCAGCCCUCACCGAGGAUGGCCGUGUCUUCCUUUGGGGCUCCUUUCGGGACAAUAAUGGUGUAAUUGGGCUGUUGGAGCCCAUGAAGAAGAGCAUGGUGCCCAUACAGGUGCAGCUAGAUGCGCCUGUGGUGAAGGUAGCCUCAGGAAAUGACCACUUGGUGAUGCUGACAGUUGAUGGCGACCUCUACACCUUGGGCUGUGGGGAACAGGGCCAGCUGGGCCGUGUGCCUGAGUUAUUUGCCAUUCGUGGUGGCCGGAGGGGCCUUGAAAGACUCCUGCUCCCUAAGUGUGUGAUGCUGAAAUCCAGGGGAAGCCGGGGCCAUGUGAGAUUCCAGGAUGCUUUCUGUGGUGCCUGUUUCACUUUUGCCAUCUCCCUCGAGGGCCAUGUAUAUGGCUUUGGCCUCUCCAACUACCAUCAGCUUGGAACUCCAGGCACAGAAUCUUGCUUCAUACCCCAGAACCUAACAUCUUUCAAGAAUUCCACCAAGUCCUGGGUGGGCUUCUCUGGUGGCCUGCACCAUACAGUCUGCUUGGAUUCAGAAGGAAAAGCAUACAGCCUGGGCCGGGCUGAGUAUGGGCGACUGGGCCUUGGGGAGGGUGCUGAGGAGAAGAGCAUACCCACCCUCAUCUCCAGGUUGCCCACGGUCUCCUCAGUAGCUUGUGGGGCCUCUGUGGGGUAUGCUGUGACCAAGGAUGGUCGUGUUUUUUCCUGGGGCAUGGGCACCAACUACCAGCUGGGCACAGGGCAGGAUGAGGACGCCUGGAGCCCUGUGGAGAUGACGGGCAAACAGCUGGAGAACCGAGUGGUCUUAUCUGUGUCCAGUGGGGGCCAGCACACAGUCUUAUUAGUCAAGGACAAGGACCAGAGUUGA